AAGUGUGAUACCUUUCCUCUUUUAUAGCCCCCCAACGCCCACCUUCAUUUGGUGUGUGUGAGAGAGAGUGUGAGAUACGAUAAGAAACGAAGAUCACAUGAACGGCAUGGAAGAUAUGGGACCGCCUCCAGUAACCGCCACCGGAGCAUCUCCGACGGGAAUGGGCGGCGGCAUGCACCAUAUGAUGCACAUGACCUUCUUCUGGGGUAAAAACGGUGAAAUUUUGUUCCCGGGUUGGCCCGGAUCCAGUUCGGGUAUGUACGUUCUGGUUCUCUUCUUCGUCUUCAUACUCGCUUUUCUCGUCGAGUUUUUAUCUCAUUCCGAUAUCGCUCGGAAGGGUUCCGGCCCGGUGGCGGUGGGAUUGAUUCAGACCCUGGUCCAUACCCUACGUGCCGGAUUGGCUUAUUUGGUUAUGCUGGCGGUGAUGUCGUUCAACGGCGGAGUGUUUCUGGUGGCGGUGGUUGGUCACGCUGUUGGGUUUUUGGUAUUUGGGAGUUGGGUUUUCAAGCGGCCAUCGCCGCCGUCUGUGGAUAAAAAUUCAGAUCUAUCUCCGAUGAUUUGUGCUUAAUUAUGCAAUUCUGGUAUGCGAAUUUCAAAAUCAAUCUCUUGAAUACUACGAGUUAUAGUUGGAUUAUCAAACUUAAACGAUUAUGUUGUAAUUAUGAAAAUUUCCCUAAAUUUUAUAGAAUUAUCGUUGGAUUA